AUGGCCUCUUACGACCACUAUGACCGGGACUAUCCCCGCCAAUAUGUUCGCGAAGAACGUAGAGAACCUGCCCGCGACAGGUUUCUCGACCCCCGCGACUUUGCCAAGACGCAUUCCCGCGAUCUAGUACCUCGACAAGACAGCGACGUCUCCGUCGAAGAGAUUCGUCGCGACUUCCCACCUCCAACCGGCAGAGAUAUACGCCGCGCCCGCUCAGUUGGUCCCUGGGACGACGACUAUGGUCGCCCCCGUGGCUAUGCCGGACCAGAGCGCUACGAUUCACGAUAUGAUUACGAACGAGACCGAGACUACGAUCGUCGUCAUCAUCGAGGUCCCAGCAACGGCAGUCGCGGUUACCACGACGAAGAGCGUUCCAAGAAGGACAAGGCCAAGGCCAAGCAGGAAAAGAUCAUCGCAGCUGUCGCUGGUGCGGCUCUGCUUGUCGGCGGUAAAGAACUAUUCGAUCGUCACGAGGCCAAAGAGGGCGGCAGCGAUGUUCACCGAAACCCCCUCUCCUCAGCAGCCCUUGCUGGCUUUGGCGCUCUUGCUGGAUACCAGGGCGCCGAGUUCUACAGCAAGCAGCAGGCCAAAAAGGACCAAAAGGCCAAUCUUCUUCUUCACCGCGGCCGAGAUGGCCAACUCAACGAGUACUACUCGGACGAAGAAGACGGCAAAGAAAAGAAAUCCAACAAAAACUUCCUCGAAAGCGCACUAGCUGCUACUGGCCUAGGUGCCGCUGUGAAGCAGUUUACCGGUGGUGGUGGUGAUGACAAGCAGUCCCGUCGCGGCAGCCCCACUAGAUCCCGCGCCGGCUCCAAAGAACGGGGUGGCGCAGGCAACAAGAUCCAAAAGGCUGCCAUGGCAUCUCUGCUCGCCGGUGCCACCGAGGCCUUCCGUGUCGCCAAGGAGCCUGGUGGUUGGAGAGGCGAAAAGGCCAAGCGCGUCUUUACGGCCGCGGCUGGUGCAGCCACUGUGGAUGCUGCCCACGGCGGUGACAAGGGCACAUUUGGCCUUGCCGAGUCUGUCAUUGGUGGUCUCGUCGGCAAUCGUCUCAUCAACGGCUCCAAGAAAGACAUUGAGGAGGACGAAAAGACGGGCCGCAGCCGAUCUCGAUCUAGGGCUCCUUCCAAGAGUGGCAGUGGUGGCGGCGGAACCGGUCUUGCUGCCCUCGCUACCGCUGGUCUCGGUGCUUUUGGUGCCAAGAAGAUCCUUGAUCGCUCGCGGUCUGGCAGCCGCAGCCGCAGCCGACGUGAUCAUUCCUACGAUUCCAGAAACCCAUCUCCGGAUCGUCGCCGACAGCGCAGCCGAAGCCGCAGCGUCGUCGACCGUGCCCGCAACAGCCUUGCCAAGCUUGGAAUUGGUAGUACUGGUGCUGCUGCUGCUGACGACUACCAUCGACGAGACCAGGACGAUUUUGACGAUGGGCACCGCCACCGAUCUCGGCGCCACUCUGACGACUACGAUGACAGAGAUGGCAGGGACAGUAGAGAUGGCAGAAAUGACAGGGGCGACAGAGGUGACAGGGGUGCCAGAAGCGACAGAGACGACAGAGAUUACGCACGCGCACCCAAAGGCGGCCGAGACCGGUCGGCUUCGCGAAGCCAUCGCCGUGGGGGACGCUCCGACUACGGGUCUGAUUCGGACCUGGGAGACUCGGACGAUGACAAGAAACGAGCAAAGAAAAUGAGAGGUGUCGCCACCAUCCAUGCUGCGCACGAGAUUUUCGAAAGCCUGGAAAAGCGUAAAGCAAGGCAAAAGGCUGUCAAGGAUGGUCAUCUGUCCCAGGUCGAUGCCAAAAAACUCAAGACGAAAGCCAUCAUCAAGGAUGCCACGGCCGUGGGCAUUGCUGCGAUGGGAAUCAAAAGCGUCUUCAACGGUGUCAAGGAAGCCAAAGAGUUGCAGCACGAGUGUAAAACUUUCCAGGAAGAAAGAGCCCUUCGUCACGAGAAGCGAGAGCGGCGUCGUAAACGACAAGAGCUGGGACCACGUCGUCGAUCUGGCAGUCUCCCGGCGCCACGAAAGCAAACUUUGGUUGACUGGCAAGAUGGCAUUCCUCGCUACGACGACGGGUAUUUCACUCGGCACCCUGCGGCUCCUCCCCUGCGGCACCGUGAACCAUAA